AUGCCUUCCAUAGACUCGCCUAGAUAUCUUCGCAUAGGAGUCGAUGUUGGCGGUACAAACACCGACGGCGUCAUUUUAGAUCCCCUCCAAGCAGCAUCUCCAGGUAAAGGAAUCCUAGCAUGGCACAAAGCCCCUACGACUACAAAUCCUAGCAUUGGUAUCAAUGAUGCCAUCACUGCCAUGUUCGAAUCCGCUGCCAUCCAUCCAUCCGAGAUUGAGAGUGUAACUAUUGGAACGACUCACUUUGUCAAUGCUGUUGUCGAGAGAGACGCUGCCCGGCUAUCUACUGUGGCUGUUAUCCGACUCUGCGGGCCUUUCUCAAAACACGCUCCUCCUUGUGUGGAUUGGCCAGAUGACAUGAGACAGAUGAUUUUAGGGCAUUAUGCACUUCUAAAAGGCGGCUUAGAAGUAGACGGCAAUCUCAUUUCGGACAUUGAUGAGAGAGAGAUUAAACAGCAAUGCGAUAUUAUUCGCGAAAAGGGCAUCAAGAGCAUCGUUGUCAACGGGGUUUUUAGCCCGAUAGACACCAUAGAACGACAGGAAGAGCGAGCUGCGGCCAUUAUCAAGGCAAAUUUGCCCGGCUAUGAUGUUCUUUGUUCCAAAGAAAUCGCCAAUCUAGGAUUCUUGGAGCGCGAAAACGCAGCCAUCCUGAAUGCUUCCAUCCUUUCCUUCGCCAGAAAGACCAUUAGAUCUUUCCAGGCACCGAUUAAGCGUCUAGGUUUGCAUUGUCCCGUAUUCAUCACCCAGAAUGAUGGGACUGUCUUGUCAGGAGAGAUGGCAGCGAGACUACCCAUCCGGACUUUUUCAAGCGGCCCAACAAAUAGUAUGAGAGGCGCAGCGUUCCUUGCCCAAGGUCAAGUAUCCGAAGCAGCCAUGGUCGUUGACAUCGGAGGCACGACUACAGACGUGGGUCUGCUUCAUGCUAAUGGCUUUCCCCGGCAACAAGCUGCAUAUAGUGACCUUGCUGGCAUAAGAAUGAACUUCUCCUGUCCAGACAUCAAGAGCAUUGGACUUGGAGGAGGUUCUAUUGUCAGGACUGACAAUGGCUUGACUGUUGGCCCAGAUAGUGUUGGCCACAAGCUCCAACAAGAGUCUGUUGUUUUCGGUGGCACUAUCACUACCACUACAGAUUGCAUAGUGCAAGCGAACCCUGAUUUGAAGGUAGGCGAUGCAGAUCUUGUAAAGGAUUUACUUACUGGAGAGCAACUUGAACUUUUCAGAAGCAUAAUCCAGAACAAGAUUGAGAAGGCCAUUGACAAGAUGAAAACAUCUCCCGAGGAUAUUCCAGUUCUUCUUGUUGGUGGUGGAGCUAUUCUGUCUCCAGACAAGCUUAAAGGAGCAAGUAGAGUGCUCAAGCCAGAGUGGGCACAGGUCGCAAACGCAAUCGGGGCAGCCAUGGCAAGAGUCAGCGCAGUUGUUGAUACAGUCAAGUCUACAGAGUCAAAGACUACCGCUCAGCUGCUGGAAGAGGUUAGCAAUGAGGCGAUUGCAAAGACGAUUUCUGCCGGAGCUUCGCCCACGUCUAUUGAGGUGGUCGAGAAGGAAACUCUACCACUCCAAUACAUUGCCCAUAAAACUAGAUUCAUUGUUCGCGCUGCUGGUGAUUUCGAUCUUGGAAAAAUUGAAGUCAAAUCAGCUCCUGAAGCCGAUGACGAAGAAGAAAACAUCGGUGACAUGACCCAAUAUGAGAAAUUGGCAAAGCGGCCGGAAACAUCAUCCAAAGAGCAGCAAGAUAAGGAACUCGACAUCCUCAACUAUAGACCGACUGUCAAAAACCGCGUAUGGUACAUAUCAGAAACGGACGCCAAUUGGAUCGCGACGGGCUGUUACAUCCUUGGUACCGGCGGUGGUGGAUCCCCCUACUCUCAUUUAGUGCGUUUAAAGCAGGAGCUCCAUAAAGGAGCAGUUGUGAGGGUUGUAAAUCCUCAUGACCUCGCCGAUGAUGAUCAGAUUGGCUGUGGAGGUGGCGUGGGAAGUCCUACAGUUGGUAUCGAGAAGCUCCCCGCCGAUGAGCUGCUGGAGGCUCAAGAGGAGAUAUUUAAAAUAUGUUCUCAGCCCGCCACUCAUAUGAUUUCCAUUGAGAUUGGUGGCGGAAACGGCCUCCAAGCGAUGAUACUAGGGGCUAGCACAAACAUGAACCUGCCAGCCGUCGACGGAGAUUGGAUGGGGCGUGCAUAUCCGACAAAGUGGCAGACGACGCCCAUUGUUUUCAACGAGCGAUCUCCGGUCUGGUCUCCCAUUGCCAUGUCCGAUGGAAAUGGCAAUGUUGUUGUCAUGCCAAAAGCAACGUCUGACCUUGCUGUUGAACGAAUUUUACGAGCCGCUCUCACUCAAAUGGGGUCUCAUACGGGAUCUGCUGAGUCUCCGGUAACUGGAGCAGAGACGAAGCGAUGGGUUGUAGAGCACACCAUAUCACAAGCCUGGAGAAUUGGACGUGGCGUUGCUCGUGCCCGAAAAGAGAACAGAGUAGACAAUGUGGCCGAAUCCAUCAUAGAGGAGUGUGGUGGAAAAGGGGCCGGCAGAGUGCUCUGGAAGGGCAAGAUUGUGGGUGUUGAGCGGACGCUGAGAGGGGGGUAUGUGUAUGGCGAAUGUUUCAUCGAAGGAGUUGAUGUGAGGCAGGAUAGCGACGGCUUACAGCAAGGCGGAAUUAGCCCAGCCUCCUUUAAAGGCACCAUAAAGAUUCCCUUCAAGAACGAAAACAUUGCAGCUCUCAGGGUGCGAGACGACGGGAAAGAAGAACAGCAAGGAGAUGUUUUGGCCAUUGUGCCCGACUUGAUCACUGUGAUUGAUGCACAGAACGGCGAGGCUAUCGGCACCCCAGAAUAUAGAUACGGGCUGCUAGUGGUCGUGUUGGGGCUCGCUGCGAGCGACAAAUGGACAGGAAGCAAACGGGGCAUAGAGAUUGGGGGUCCUGCGGGCUUUGGGAUCGAUCACCUGAAGUUCACUCCUCUGGGGACAUUUGUCAAGCCACAGAGCGUUAUUGAUGAAUACGAUCCCGGCGUCUAA